AGUAGGACGUCCCUCUCGGCCAAUGCAGGAAACCCUUGCUGACCCGCCUCUGCCGAGAGCUCGGCCGGAAGAUGGCGGCGGCCGCUGAGUUGACGCUGCUGGAGAAGUGUCUAGGGCUGAGUAAAGGGAACAAGUACAGCGCUCACGGCGAGCGCCAGAUUCCAGUUCUUCAGACGAACAAUGGUCCAAGUCUAACGGGAUUGACUACCAUAGCAGCUCACCUAGUCCAGCAGGCCAACAAGGAAUAUUUGCUGGGGAGCACCGCAGAGGAAAAAGCAGUGGUUCAACAGUGGUUAGAAUACAGGGUAACUCAAGUAGAUGGACACUCCAAUAAAGAGGACAUCCGCACUGUUCUAAAGGAUCUUAAUUCAUAUCUUGAAGAUAAAGUCUACCUUACAGGAUAUAACUUCACAUUAGCAGAUAUCCUCUUAUACUAUGGACUUCAUCGCUUUAUUGUUGACCUGACAGUUCAAGAAAAGGAGAAAUAUCUUAACGUGUCUCGCUGGUUUUGUCACAUUCAGCAUUAUCCAGGCAUCAGGCAACAUCUGUCUAGUGUUGUCUUCAUCAAGAACAGACUAUAUACUAAUUCCCACUAGAAGCCAUCUGCGCUGUACAGAAGAGUGAUUAAGAUAUUUUAAAUGGAAAGUGUAUUCUGGACCAGAGGGCUGACAUGAAUUGAUAGACAGCCAUUCUUUAUUCAUUGAAGUUGGUAGAAUUUUUAAAGUAUAAACUUGUGUCCCAACAUUUUAUUUGUUCUUUCGUAGAAAUUUUGCAGUUUUUUUAAUGUAAAACUUCAAGUGCUGUCAAAACUUGAGUUGAGAUCAAGGUAUCAAUUAUCUUGUUUUUAUAGAUGAAAUUUAUUUUAAUAAAAGUUGCAAAUCAGUGGCUUAAUCUUAAAAAAAAGAGUCAUUCCGAUGGUUGACAUAUUUGGCUAUUUAUUGACCUCUUUCAUCUUAUAAAUUAAUUUUCCCCUUCUGAAUAUUUAUAGUAGUUUGUUUUUUAAGAACUAGGGUAAAUUGUGCCAAGGAGACAAAAAGGGAAGACAGAUGGAUUUGUUUUCAAAUAUUUAUGUGAGCCAGUAAACGUGGUUGAAAAAGUCAUUUUUUGUUUGUUUCUUUCCUGUAGUCAGUAUUCAUUGAGGUGAAACUACUGCACUGCCCUAGAGGGAAGUGGAAUAAAAUACAUUCCCUCG